CAAUGGGCCCAAUUCAGAAACGGGUAUAUAGAUGGAGAGAGAGAGAGAGAUGAAAACGGGUUUACAUUUACAAAGAGCAGCCACCACAGCGACGAAGCAGCCAUGGUUCUCAAAACUGAACUCUGUCGAUUCAGUGGCGCAAAGAUUUACCCAGGAAGAGGGAUCAGAUUUAUUCGUAGUGAUUCUCAGGUUUUCCUCUUUGUGAACUCAAAAUGUAAGAGGUAUUUCCACAACAAGUUGAAGCCUUCAAAGCUCACAUGGACUGCCAUGUACAGAAAGCAGCACAAGAAGGACAUUGCUCAAGAAGCGGUGAAGAAGAGGCGCCGUGCCACCAAGAAGCCAUACUCCAGGUCCAUUGUUGGUGCUACACUUGAAGUCAUUCAAAAAAAAAGAACCGAGAAGCCCGAGGUUCGAGAUGCUGCUAGGGAAGCUGCUCUUCGUGAAAUCAAGGAGAGGAUAAAGAAAACCAAGGAUGAGAAAAAAGCCAAGAAAGCCGAAGUAGCAUCUAAGGCACAAAAGUCAGGGAAAGGCAAUGUUCAGAAGGGUGCUAUGCCCAAGGGUCCUAAAAUGGGCGGUGGUGGUGGGAAACGUUAAGUUUUUCCGUUUUUGGUUACCAUUUAAAUAUAAUUUGUUUUCAAACUUCUGUACUGAUAUAUUCUAUUUGCUUGAUUAGCCUUUUAUGUUACUGUUUUAUCAAACUUAUGUUUGGAGCUUCAGAGAACUCGGAUAUUAAAUGGAUUUUGCUAGUUAUGCUAUGUUUAUUUGCACUAA